AUGAAUGACGAGGAACAACUAGGAUUCCUUGCUGCAGCUCGCAACCAAGAUGAUCUGGUGCGCGACAUAGGGAGACAAGCCGAUGAGAUUCUCACCAAGCAAUCGGAUGAACGCGAUAAUAAGCGAAUCGAGAAAACCGAGACCAACCGCCGACGGUGCGAGUCUCAAUUGAAGCUACUACGACAACGCCUCAGCCUGCCGAUUGGCGCCUCCGCCAGAGCCAAAGCCCGCGUAGAUAUUACUCAGCUUGAGGAGCAGCUCAAGAGUCUUGACGAAGAGCUAGAACAGAUAGCUCAGCGAAUCGAAGAGAGGCACAAGGAACAAUAUGGCGGGACUGAAGGGGACACACAACUGCCGCUCUCCAAUGAGAGUCGGCGAGAUUUUCUCAUACGUACGGGGAAGAUCACUCCUUUUUCGAAAAUGGCGCAAGUCCCUCGAAUGUCUUCCAACUUGCAGGACGUCAUGUUGGAUGCAGAGGUAGAGCAGGCUGAUUUGGAGAAGGAGAAGGCUGCGGUGGAUACCGACGGGCCUGUAUCACAUCAGCAUCUUAUGCGUCCAGGUUUUUUCGAAGACGAGACCAGCGAAGCCAGCUCGGCCUUGGAUACGCCAGAACGUCCUUCGAAAAGGCGGAGAGUCCAAACGCACCGCGAAGCUAUCGGAGACGAAUCCGCGUCGUUUACGGAUGAAGUCGAGGUGUCGGAAGACGAGUAUUCGCCGGGGAUGGAUGAUAAGGGUCUGGCUACUCUUGGAGAGUCUGAGGAGAGUGAGGAGGAAGUUGAUGGCGAAGAUGAAGACUUUGUUCUGGAUACUCCCGCUCCUAAGCGAAUUCGAAAGUCGACAGCACAAUCGUUAAAAGCUAAACAAGAUGUUGAGGAAGAGGAAGGGGAUCUAGCGGGCCUUGAUGAUGGUAACGAGAGCCUAUACCAAUCUCGAUUGAGUAGUUGGGUUAAGAGGCGGAGCGCGGCAAGGCGGAAAGCUCGUGCUGGAGCGGCCGAAGCAGACACAGCAAUGGAAGACAGCACAGACAUGGAAGAAUGGUACCAACCGCAUCCCACUCGUGCCGAUGCCCGAUUCGAUGGCGGGUUCCGUAUUCCCGGAGAUAUCUACCCAUCAUUAUUCGACUACCAGAAGACUGGAGUGCAAUGGCUUUGGGAGCUCUAUUCCCAACAGGUUGGCGGUAUCGUCGGGGACGAGAUGGGCCUGGGGAAAACGAUCCAAACCAUAUCGUUUCUAGCUGGUCUUCAUUAUUCGAAGAAAUUGACGAAGCCAAUCGUGGUAGUCACGCCAGCUACCGUGAUGAAGCAGUGGGUCAAUGAGUUCCAUCGCUGGUGGCCACCGUUCCGUGUGUCUAUCUUGCACACCUCCGGAAGUGGAAUGAUGGAUGUCAAAAGGGAGCGGGAGCUUGAGGAUGACCUUGAGCGACAGCCUUUUUCGUCAAACAGACGUCUCACUGGACCUCAAAAAGCCGCUAAGAAGAUCGUUGAUCGAGUGGUAAAAGAGGGCCACGUGCUUGUCACGACAUAUUCAGGGUUGCAGACGUAUGCCGGGCUUCUUAUACCUGUGGACUGGGAAUACGCCGUUCUUGACGAAGGUCAUAAAAUCCGAAACCCAAACGCACAGAUUACGAUUUUCUGCAAAGAACUGGUUACUCCGAACCGAAUCAUUUUGUCCGGCACACCCAUGCAGAACAACCUCACGGAGCUAUGGUCGUUGUUCGACUUUGUCUUCCCAAUGCGCUUGGGCACAUUGGUAAACUUCAGAAAUCAGUUCGAGUUUCCGAUCAAGCAGGGAGGUUACGCGAAUGCGUCGAACCUGCAAGUCGAGACGGCGAUUAGAUGCGCUGAAACCUUGAAGGAGACCAUUAGUCCGUAUCUUCUGCAACGGUUCAAAAUUGAUGUUGCCGCAGACCUUCCGAAGAAGACUGAACGCGUGCUCUUCUGCAAACUCACGAUGCUGCAAAGGAACGCAUACGAGGAGUUCCUCGGUUCGGAAGAGAUGAAGUCAAUCUUGGCUGGCAGACGCCAGUCGCUCUACGGCAUCGAUAUCUUGAGGAAGAUCUGCAAUCACCCAGACCUUGUGGACCACAAGCGGCUUUCUAUCAAAUCGGACUACAACUAUGGCAUUGGUUCGAAGUCAGGCAAGAUGCAAGUGGUCAAAUCUCUUGUCGAUAUCUGGCGACGGAACGGUCACAAAACAUUGCUCUUCGCGCAGCACCGCAUCAUGCUCGAUAUUCUUGAGAAGUUCAUGAAGAAGAUGGAAGGUCUUCGAUACGUGCGUAUGGACGGUAAUACAUCCAUCAAGGACCGCCAGUCCCUCGUGGAUGAAUUUAAUCGCGACCCUGACUUGCAUGUAUUCCUGCUCACGACGAAAGUCGGUGGGUUAGGGGUAAACCUUGUGGGAGCCGAUCGCGUGAUCAUUUAUGACCCCGACUGGAAUCCUUCGACGGAUGUUCAAGCCCGAGAACGAGCAUGGCGCCUCGGUCAGAAACGAGAGGUUGAAAUAUACCGACUCAUGACCGCUGGGACCAUCGAAGAGAAAAUCUACCACCGUCAGAUCUUCAAGCAGUUUCUGACAAAUAAGAUCCUAAAAGACCCGAAGCAACAACGAACGUUCCAUUUCAGCGAUUUGCACGACCUAUUCACCCUUGGCGGUGAGGAUGAGAGUCAGACCGAGACGAGCUCUCUCUUCCGAGGAAGCGAAGUCAAGCUGCGUUCUAGUGAUCCGAAGCAGACUGGAGCUGGGAUGCCUACUCCACCAACAGAGUUCGAGUCCGGGAAAGCUACCACCACGGCGACAACAACCGACGACCUCGCCAACGUCAAAGGCAUAGCUCAUCAAGAAGAUUUCCAAACCGAAGAACCCACCCCAACCACCCUAGGAGCCAAGCCCGAAGAACCCUCUACAGCCCAAGCAGACCCUCUCAUGACUGCUCUUUUCCCCCGAUCUCAUCUCCACUCCACCGUCUCCCACGACGCCGUCCUCGCCUCAAACACCCCUUACCGCUCCCGCAAAGUCGCCCCGGACCCCCAUAUCAUCGCCGCCGAAGCCAAGCGCAUCGCCGCCUCCGCCGCCGUCCAGCUCCAGCGUGCCGGCGAGGUGGCCCGCACCGUGACGCCCGGCACUGUCACUUGGACGGGACAGUUCGGCACCGCAGGCCGGCCGGAAGAGCGCGCGCAGACGCGCAGCCCGGUGCCCGUGCCGCGGACGGGCGUGGGGAUGCGUGGACGGGGGAGAGGGCAGGCGCCGAUGAGCGGGGCGGCGCUGCUGGCGUUGCAUAAUGUGAGUCGGUCGGGGACGUCGACGCCGGUGGGAAAUCGGAGCGGAGGGGGCGAGGGGGGGUCGCGAGGGGGGAGUGAACAGCCGGGCGGGACGGAUCUGCUGGGGAUGAUUCAGGGGUUUUUGAAGGCGCAUGGCGGGGCGGCGUAUAGUCAGAUGUUGGUGGAUCACUUUAAUCGGUUUUGUCGGACGGAGGAGAAGACGGCGGAGUUUAAGGAGUUGUUGCGGGAGAUUGCGACGUUGGAACGGGGAGCGAGGGGGGGUAGAGGGAAAUGGGUGUUGAAGGAGGAGUGGAGGUAG